AUGGCUCGCGACGGGAGCCAUCAAGGGCUCCUCCGCGAUUCUAAGCGGUCGCCCCAACGCCCCAAGGACGACGCCGGCCAUGAUUCCGACUCCGACAUUGAAGCGAUCGAGUAUCUUGACCGCAACGCACCUCGAUCACCCAAGUCCGACUACGGCCCGUCGUUUCCCGCGGCAAACAAAGCACGUCAAUCGUGGAUCCUCCGUUGCCUGGGGCGGCGGAGCCGGUGUUGCAUCGGUUUUUUGGCUGGCUUCAUCGGGCUGUGGAUCUUGCUAAGCGCGGGAGGUGCCUUCGUCUACAAGAAAUAUCAGGAAGAGCCUCCCUAUGGCCAGUCGCCCCCGUGGUACCCGGCCCCUAAGGGCGGCAUUGCCAAGACGUGGGCCGAGAGUUAUGAGAAGGCGGCCAAGAUGGUGAGCAAGAUGACGCUGGCGGAAAAGGUCAAUGUCACGACCGGGACAGGGUGGCAGAUGGGCCUUGCGGUUGGCACCAACGGUCCGGCCGUCCACGUGGGCUUCCCGCAACUGCAGUUGCAGGACGGGCCGUUGGGCAUCAGGUUCGCCGAUAACAUCACCGCCUUUCCCGCAAGCAUCACGGUAGGCGCAACCUGGAAUCGCCAGUUGAUGUACGCGCGUGGCCGUGCUCACGGCAUCGAAGCGCGCCAAAAGGGCAUUAACGUCCUUCUGGGCCCCUGCGUGGGCCCCCUCGGCCGUAUGCCCGCCGGCGGGCGCAACUGGGAAGGAUUCGGGGCCGAUCCGUACCUGCAGGGCGUGGCGGGUGCCGAGACGGUCAAGGGCAUCCAGAGCGAGGGCGUCAUGGCCACAAUUAAGCACUUCGUCGGAAACGAGCAGGAGCACUUCCGCCAGCCGUGGGAGUGGGGCCUGCCCCAUGCCCUCAGUGCCAACAUCGACGACCGUACCCUGCACGAGCUGUAUGUUUGGCCCUUCGCCGACGCAGUCAAAGCCGGCGUCGCCUCCGUCAUGUGCUCCUACAACAUGGUCAACAACUCGUACGCCUGCGGCAACAGCAAGUUGCUCAAUGGCAUCCUCAAGGACGAGAUGGGCUUCCAGGGUUUCGUCAUGAGCGACUGGCUUGCCCAGCGCUCCGGGGUGGCCUCGGCCCUGGCGGGUCUGGACAUGACCAUGCCCGGCGAUGGCGCGAAGUGGGCCAGCGGAGAGUCGUUUUGGGGACCCGAGCUGAGCAGGGCGGUCCUGAACGGCAGCGUCCCCGUCGAUCGCCUGAACGACAUGGUCACCCGAAUCGUUGCGGCCUGGUACCAGCUGGGGCAGGACGACGAGACCAAGUUCCCGCGCCAGCCGCCCAACUUCUCGUCCUGGACCGAUGACCGCACCGGCGUCCUGGCGCCCGGGAGCCCGAGCCCGCAGGAGAAGGUCGUGGUCAACCAGUUCGUGGACGUGAAGGCGAACCACUCCGUCAUCGCCCGCGAAGUGGCCGUCCAGGGCACGGUGCUGCUCAAGAAUGAGGGAUUGCUGCCUAUUAGCCGCACUGGCCUAGACGAGGCGGAACUCGAGGCGAGACGUGGCGCUGCUGCGAGAGCGACAGGAAGAAGACGCACCGGAAAGUUCAGCGUUGGCGUGUUUGGGGACGACGCUGGGCCCGGGAAAGGACCCAACUACUGCAAGGAUCGUGCUUGUAACCAAGGCACGCUGGCUUCGGGCUGGGGUUCCGGGGCCGUCGAGUUCCCUUAUUUAGUAUCGCCCAUUGAUGCGCUCCGCAAGGAGUUCGACAGCUCCAAAGUCGAGCUGCACGAGCAUCUGACAGAUAAGCCAUCCUUCGCCGGCAAGGACGCGGCGGUCCUUGAAGACCUGGAACUCUGCAUCGUCUUCGUGAACGCCGACGCGGGCGAGGGAUUCGUCCGGUGGGAGGACGUCAAGGGAGAUCGGCCGAACCUAAACCUCCAGAAAGGCGGCGACGACCUCAUUGUCAACGUAGCAUCCAAGUGCGGUUCUGGCUCCGGCGACGUCAUUGUUGUCGUCCAUGCGGUAGGGCCGGUGCUGAUGGAGAAGUGGAUCGAGCUGCCCAACAUCAAAGCUGUUCUCUUCGCCAACCUCCCCGGCCAAGAAUCUGGAAAUGCGCUUGCCGACGUCCUCUUCGGCAAGGCCAAUCCGUCAGGCCAUCUGCCCUUCACCAUUGGCAAAUCCCCGGAGGAUUACGGUCCUGGCGGCAAGGUCAUGUACCUGCCAAACGGCGUCGUUCCCCAGCAGGAUUUCUCGGAGGGUCUGUACGUGGACUACCGCUACUUUGACAAGAAGGAUAUCGAGCCCCGGUUCGAGUUCGGCUUCGGCCUCAGUUACACCACCUUCAACCUGAGCAACCUUCGCGUCACGUCGCACAAGAACAAGUCGGCCCUGCCGGCAGCCCGGCCGAGCCCCGCCGCGCAACCACCAAGCUACCCGACCGCCAUCCCGCCCAAGGACGAAGCCAUGUUCCCCCCGGGGUUCCGCGCGCUGGAGAAGUAUAUUUACCCGUAUCUCGAGUCGGUGGAUGACAUCGAGGUCGGAGACUACCCGUAUCCCGACGGCUACGACACGGAGCAGCCCCUGAGCGGCGCCGGGGGCGAUGAGGGCGGCAACCCUGACUUGUGGGCGACCUACGUGACUGUCUCGGCGGACGUCAAGAACGAUGGCCCCGUGGCCGGCGCCGUGGUGCCGCAGCUAUAUCUAGAGUAUCCCGCCAAGGAGGGGGUGGAUUUCCCCGUCCGGGUGCUCCGGGGAUUCGACAAGUUCUAUCUCGAACCGGGCGAGACGCACGCCGCUCGUUUUAACCUGACGAGGAGGGAUCUGAGUUACUGGGAUGUCGUGGAGCAGAAUUGGGUCAUGGUCACGGAGGGAGAGUACAAGUUUCGGGUCGGCUUCAGUUCGAGGGAUUUGCCUUUGACGGGCACCUGGUGA